AUACACCCAAAGGUCUUUCUAGGAGAGUGUUUAUAUGGGUCUGUUUAGUAUUUUGUCCUCGUGAUGACCUCACUGAACAAAAAAAAAAUAUACGUGAUGAUAUGGUCGUUUUCACCAAAUUUCAUCAAAAAAAUGAUCAAGGUGGUCUUGAUGGUAAUAAUGAAUCACUAAAUAUCCCAUGUCCACGUGAUAAAGAACAUCAAGGAGCUUAUGAUGACAUUAUAUCUUAUUUGAGUAAACGACCAACACCAUCAAUCAAUGAUGAUGUAUGGUAUCUUGAUCAUAAAAUUGGAACUGAGAAAAUCAAGAAUUACAUGAAGACAAUAUGUUUCGAUGCUGGUAUAAAUCUAAAUGGAAGAAAAAUAGUCAACCAUUCUGGUCAUGCUACUAGUCUAAAUUGGUUAUAUCAAAGUGGUGUUGAUGACACACAAGUGAUGACAAUCUCUGGUCAUAAAAGUCUCAAGGGCGUGAGAUUAUAUAUUGCACCCACUAUAUAUCAAAAAGCUAGUAAAAUAAGCAAUGUUCUUCAAAUGGCAUUAACACUGCAAGAAUCACCAACUUCGAAUAAAACACCUCAAAAAAAUACAGGUUCAGACCCUGAAGAUAUUGAAGAUGAGGAUAAUUCUGAUGAGCUGGAUGACAUGAGUGAUAAAGGCAGUGGUGUUAAAUCAUUAGGUGUAAGUAUAUGA